AUGGGUGACACUUCCAAGUCCGGGGUCACCCCCCUCGUUCCACCGCCCGAUCUCUCAUCGACCUGCACAGGCUCCCCACCAACGUGCACUGGCGAUUGCACAUGCAACAAUCCCGCCUCCGCCACGUCGAUGCCCGUUGCGCCGCCUGAGCAGAUGGCCGCGGGGCACCAUCCUUGGCAAGCAGUAUUUAUUGCGUUGCGAGAAGUGGAGCUGCGAGCCCCGCCUAAACGUCCAAAAAGCCACGACAGGACUGCCAAGAACACGACGAAAGGGAAAACCAGAGACAGGGGAGCUGCUGGAAAGGAGUGGGGUUGGGAUGAGCUCCACGGUACUACUUUCAAACGGCUGGAUCCCGCGAGCUGGCAGCGCAAACGACAAAGGCUCUGGGAUAUCCUUCCUCAUCUGCCCGGCUGUCCGACAGGAGCCUUGCCCACCACACAGCUCGAUGACGGUACCUCUCAAACUACGGCGUCCGGAAUAGAUCGCGCCCAAGUCGAUGCGGUCCAAAGUGCCAUGUCUCGUAGCGGGCCAAUCGAGGUCUAUUCAGAGAACGAUGCCGUAAGCAAGUGGCUCACGUCGUACAACAAGACGUAUGAGGUGAUUCUGCAGCAGCUGGCUCGGCACAUACUUGGCGAAGACGCCAAUGUUGCCACACACUAUGAUGUUACCGGCGAGAGUGUAGGCAUAGAGGGAGCCACGUGCCGCCCCGAUCUCUUCAGUGAGGUCAAGUUGGAGCUACCCAGGGAAAACGGCGCGAGUCAAGAGGGUGACAGCGUCGAUAUGGACGUCGACGACGAUGGGGAUAGCUCAGGUGCGGAGAAUGGCGACAGUGAAUGGGACGAGAGCGAUGGUGAGGAGAACCGAGAUGAAGAUAGCAGCCACGACGUUGUCGAGAGCAGUGGAACAACCAUCUCUUCCGGAAAGCCCUCUCAUUCGAACGGUAGUAGCUCGGAUUGCACCACCCAAUCCAGCUGCAAACCUGAGAGCUCUCGGGGGAAGGCCGCCGGGCUUCCCCGGCGGUGCCACCUGACCAUGACCGAGGCAAAGGCGGUCGAGGUCUUGCCAGACUCCAUCUUCGACAAGCUUGACGAAGACUACAUCCCGAACGAUAAUGAACCUCACAUCCAAGCCAUUGUCUACGAGAAAGAAACGAUUGACAAGGCGGUCAAAGAUGUUCGGGCUUGCACACGGGCAGCGAGGCGAGGCAGGCAACCAAACCUCGCCAAGACGACUGCGACCUCGACCUCUUCAAGAACGACCAAGAAGACGAAGCAGAAGGCGAUCAAAUUUAUACGGCUGGACAACGAAACGCGAUCAUCAGCGCGGAUCGCAGAGAAAGCCGCGGCAGCAGCAACAGCAACAGGAGUGGAACCACCUCCCGCUCUUGGUACUGGACCGAUUAUGAAAGGGCCGCUCCGAGCGGCGGCGCUCAACGUCUCAGAGGUACUCUCAUACCUCAAUGUCUUCGGAAGCAGAAACGGCAUACUCACGUCGAUAGUGCGCCAUGCCCCUGUGCUGCUGAGAAGUGGAAAGGGCGAGCAGAAGUGCGCGCUGGUAGGCGCGACUUCAGGCCAUCGCACGACGUUGAACCCGAAUGGAAUGAAGGUACCUCCGACGCCAACCCUCCUUGAAAUGCGUCUGACCCUCGACGCUGAUGAGCUGUAUUCCAUUGCCAAAUCACGCAAGACCAUCCUGGACGACGAAGGCCACCAGGGCGAUGAUCAUUCGCGCCCACCUCCUCUUCUUAGGUCAGAUGUCGGUGGCCACGUUCUCAAUGACCGUGCUCCCGGGGCCAUUACUCCAGACUGCGAGUCGGAUACUGCAUCCGGAUCAGGAUCAGACGAGGAGAUGGACGUAGACAACUGGGAUCAGCCAGAUCUGUUCGAUGGUGAGACCUUCGACGAGGAUGACAGGGUCAUUCUGGAGCACCAAUGCCGGGAACCAGGUGCCCCUGGAGUAGUCGCAGAACAGGCUUAG